CGGGUACAUAAAUAAAAACUGUAGAAUAAAAAGUGCAAUGUGGGCGGAGUCUGCGUCGCAACUGCUGUCAGGAAUGAGCGUCGGAUGCGCGACGUGCGAGACUAAACCUGCCUUACGUGAAUACAAUCAGCAUUAAUGUGAAAAACUUUUAUACAAUGAUCAGACGUUAGUGAAUAUCGGAGUGUUGGCGACAGUGCGUGUAAACCGUGAACGACAUCGAAUCGGUGAUAGUUUGACGCUCGGAGGUUAAAUAAACAAGCGUCAACGAAGAGUCGCGCAUGGGGCAGCAAACAAGUGAGAGAGAGACGUCUCGUGUCGGAGGACGGAGCGCGAAUGCGGUCCUCUGAUUGGCGGGAACGGGUAUGGCUGACGCACGCACACUCGGCACCGAGGGAAGCUAGUUUCACACUAACCAAAGUCAGAUCGCUAGAGACAGAACGCACACGGGCCGCGCGCUGCCUUGUAAAGGCACAGAGUAAUGCCAUACGAAUGGCAAGAGUUUUCCAAAUCGGCCUAGGCUUACCGUGAAAUACCGUCGAAAACAACAAUACCGAGGAUUCGAAAACGGUAACGAGGAUGACGUAAAUUAAUAGUUAUUAAAAAGUAAUAAAUAAAACAAAUAGAUACAUAAAAUAAUAACUGUAAUAAAACGAACCGUGUAUACGUAACACUUUGACAAUCCGUCAACUAGACACUACUCUACAUCAUACCGACUACGAACCUAAAACAUAAGAGAUAUAUAUAUAUAUACACAUAUAUAUAUCAUAAAGGAUAAAAGAGAAUACAAUAAUACAAUAAAAUAUAAGAAUAAACGUAAGUGUGAACGUUCGAAAUUCGAGACAAAGGAAAUUAAUACCAGAAGACACUGUUGUAUAUAUAUAUAUAUAUAUAUAUAUUUAUAUAUGUAUACACAUAUAUAUAUAUACACACACAUAUAAAUACAUAUACGAUGCUGAUAGUGUCUACGAAUUAUUUUCAAUCGCGUUUUAAUGUAACAAAUCGAUAAUAAUAACCACAGUGAUUAUUAUUGUUAUUGUUAUUAUUAUUACCGUAGUUGCGAGUAUAUACAUAUAUAUAUUUCCAAAUAAUCCCGAAGAGAACGACGAAGGUAGCAGAGUUUGCCGUAUUUACACACGGAGAAACAUAUGUACGCGAUAUAAGAUUCGUUGUUAGUUGCGGAUAAAGUGGAACACGUGUUGAAAAAUUAAUACAACGACGAAAGUUUGUGCGCGAGAUGGGAGUAUUUUAAUAAUCAUCAUCAUCAUCAUCGUCCAAUAAUAAUCGCAAAAUAGAAGAGAAAUGAGAAAGUGAAACGCGUCGGUUGGCGAUUGUUAGAUUGUUUGUUUACUGUUGUGUGUUUCUUUGUUUUUAGUUCUUGUAAAUCUUGUAAAGAAAACCAUUCGGGAUCAUUCAUUCGUCGCUCCGAAGUCCUGACAAAAUCGCGAGAGGCGUCAUAAAAAAAAAACGAAAAAAAAAACUAAAAACAAAAACAGAGCAAAGAGAACAUCGGUGCUCCAGCGAGCCGCCAGACGUAAACGGAGCUGGUACUCAGUUGAUGGAUGAAACUGGAAGGAUGCUGCAACACGGUGGUUCAGGUGUGAGUCUGAUGGGGGGCAACCAGGGUCAAGGGGCCCAAAACACGGGGGGCUACGGCAGCAUGGGGCCCGUCGAUGCGAGCGCGGCUCAAGGCCCCGACCAGAGCGUCGAGGCGAGGAAACAGGACAUCGGCGAAAUAUUACAGCAGAUUAUGAACAUAACGGACCAAAGUUUGGACGAGGCACAGGCUAGAAAACACACGCUAAAUUGCCACAGAAUGAAACCAGCCCUAUUCUCCGUCUUGUGCGAAAUCAAAGAAAAAACUGUUCUUUCCCUCCGCAACACACAGGAAGAAGAACCUCCCGAUCCUCAGCUGAUGCGCUUGGACAACAUGCUGAUUGCCGAGGGCGUUGCUGGACCCGAAAAAGGAGGCGGUGCUGGUUCCGCGGUGUCCGCGUCUGCGGCUGCGGCCGCUGGUCCACCCGGACAACCGGACAACGCCAUCGAGCACUCGGAUUACAGAGCGAAGCUGGCCCAAAUCAGACAAAUCUACCACCAAGAGCUCGAGAAGUACGAACAGGCAUGCAACGAAUUCACGACACACGUUAUGAACCUCCUGAGGGAACAAAGUCGUACCAGGCCCAUCACGCCGAAGGAAAUCGAGAGAAUGGUGCAAAUCAUACACAAGAAGUUUUCCAGCAUUCAGAUGCAGUUAAAACAGUCAACGUGCGAGGCAGUUAUGAUCUUGAGAAGUCGAUUUCUCGACGCAAGACGCAAGCGGCGGAACUUCAGCAAACAAGCCUCCGAGAUUCUGAACGAAUACUUUUACUCACACCUGAGCAAUCCUUAUCCCAGCGAAGAAGCCAAGGAAGAAUUGGCGCGAAAGUGUGGCAUUACGGUUAGUCAGGUGUCUAAUUGGUUCGGCAACAAAAGGAUACGAUACAAGAAGAAUAUUGGCAAGGCGCAAGAGGAAGCGAACCUUUACGCUGCCAAAAAAGCCGCUGCAGCUUUUGCAGGAGCAUCGCCGUACAGCAUGGGUGGAGCGAGCCAAGGUACACCGACACCAAUGAUGUCACCUGCACCACCCGGAGGUCCACAAGAUAUGGCUGGAUAUGGCAUGGGCAUUAACGGUAGCGACUACGGCUCUCAACCGUACAACGACGGAUCGAUGGGCUAUGAUCCCAUGCACCAGUGAUGCGACGCAGCUUAAAUAAUCAACGGUAGAUGCGCCAAGAGGAUCUCCUCUGUUGCAACAAGCACAUGUUUGAAUUAAAUAUAGUCAGCUUUAGAUAACUUAAUGAGUAUGAAUUAUAGAAAUUUUAGGUGGCAAGUUUAAGCCUUUGAUUGAAUCAAUUAACUGAAGCCUAUGCGACUAAGUUCUACAUUUUACACAUAUAAUACACGUAUGUGCAUUUUAAAGUGCAAUAUGUUGGCGAUAUUAUUUUAUGGCGGCUAGAGAAGCCUGAUAAUAUUCACGAAUACUUUACAUGGCGAGUAUCGUUGUAACGAAUUAGUCUAAAUAUUUAGUUACAAUUUUUCGGUUGCCUUUCCACUAAGUGUUCAUUGAAGAGAAAAAAAUCACUUCCAAUAUUUUGUGAAAUGUACAGGCCUUGAACAGAUUUCAAUCGUCCUAUCACAUCCAUCAUAUGUGAAAGUAUAACUUGGCAAACUUACGAAGAUGGCCUUUUAAGAUAAAUUAUACUUUCAAAGUGCAAUAAGAAUUUAAUAUUGGGUUUUAAAUUUAGAAUAUUAGGUUAAGAUUAAAAAUAGGAUUAGGCAGCUAUUUAGCGGCAGCUAUAUAAGCAGGUUUUGUACAUAUCAGCUAAUGGCUUUGAUACUUAACCAGUGGAUAUGAUUAGAAUAUUUUAGAUAAAUGUUUAUUAGAUAUUAUGUAUCGAGUGUCUGUAAGCAUGCAUGGUUGCAUGUAGAAGUAUAAUAUUGGUUAUAAGUUUAUGUUUUAUUUUGAGGACUCGUUUUGUUAACUGGGAUCGCUGUUUGCAUCUCGGGCAAUUAGGAUUCUAUAGAUGAGAACAAUAAAUCUGCAUAUAUACGAAUUAUUAUGGGAAAUUGACUCAGAGCCAAGACUAAUCGAUGGUCUCAUCUGAAAAAGCAAUGUCAAAAAGUAGGACUUGAUGCUUUCUUUCGAACCCGACGCGUUGUCAAAAUUUGUGAUACUAGUCUCUUUGAUCAGAAAUUUGAAAUAAUGAGCACCCGAAAUUUAUUCGAUCACGCAACAAUUAUAGAUGAUUUAACGCACGUUUCGUGUUAUUUUUGGAGAGAUUUUUCACAAAGCUUAUAUAUAAAUUACGCCUCUCAAAUUAUGAAAAUUUGAAAUGUGUCAUUCUUACUUUACACUUAAAACAGCAUUAUCAAGAUAAAUGCAUACUGUCUACUCGCAGUAUUUUGUUAUCUGGUUCUAUCAUUUUAUGGAGUCAAUGACCCAAAGCGCUUUCACUGAAUAACGAAAUUGAAGGAUCGAGACAAUGAUGCUAUUUCUUUCCAAUUUUUGCAAAACUUGUAGAUUGAUUGCGUACUGUAGUUAAAAUAGUGUUAUUGUAGAGAUUUUGGGACUGAUUCGGCAAUAAAUUUUGACAAAAUGGCAUUUGUUACUAGAAGAAAAAAAUUAAUAUCGGGGCAGUUGUAACUAAGGGAUAAAUGAAUGAAUCGAAUCACGCAGGGCAAGGCAAUGGCUGGGGGCGGAGCAGGUUGGAUGCCACAGCGCGAGGCUGUUCCAGAAUUUCCACCACUCCACGAUUCGGCGGACUCUGAUUCCGACCGGGAAAAUGAAAAACGCCCCAGAGUGUAAUCGGUCCAGAGAAUAAACCGUCUCUCGAUUUCACACAAUAAAAGCUAAUGAAUUUCAAUAAGCCUACAAAAAAACUGAAUAAUUCGGUGAAAUUUGUAUCCAUAUUUAUAAUGAAAAAUUGGGUGUUUAUUAUUUUGAAGAAUUCAAACGGAAUGGAACCUUGUUUAAAGUACGAUUAACCGGCUGUAGCUUAUGGUAUAGUAGAACAGUAACAAAUUUGAUUCAGAAAGUUGACUAUGCAAGAAUCACGUGGUGAACACGAAUUGUAUCAUUCAUUGUUUAGUGUCGAAUAUUGUAAUACUCUGUUAUUUAAACGGAGUAAUGCACUAAACAAUAUCUUUCGUGUUUCAUUUCCGUUCCGUACCUGUUCCUAAAAACGCUCUUUUGCGAACGAUUAAAUCUGUAUACUUUUUUGCGAAUCACUGGAAACUUGAAGAGUCCUGUAUUAUCGUUGAAUUGUUUCACGGCUCUUAGUGAAGUUGAAUUUUGCCACUUUGUAAGUGCAAUGACGUUGUCUUCUAUAAUACUGCCUUUCCGACGCUGUGUUUUGCCUAAGAUUCUUCAAAAUAAAAAUUAGAUAAAAUGACAUCGUAUGUUCUCUCGGUAUUCCUAGAUGAAGAAUAUGUGAAAAAAUAGUUGACAAAGGAAAAGUUCCUUUCAUGAUCUUUUUACUACAAUUUUUGCAGUUUUAGAUCAAGCAGAAGUUUAUUUUGUGAAAAUGGCUUCAAAAGAAUUAACACCUAUGACAAUUCCAUACCAUAUGAUAACUUUAACUUACCCUUUGCACUACAUCUUGCCUUAAUGCAUAUGAUAUACUGAACAAAUACAAGAAAAUACAAUAGAAUCGUCUUUAGGAAGAUAGCAUAAAUCGAUUUGUCCAAUAAUGAAGAGCAUCACGUAUGAAUUAGUUACUACUAUGUUAGAUACUAGGGGAUAUGAAUUUAUUACGAAAUAAUCGUUUCUAAUUCGUAUUAUUAUACACCGUAUUUCGUAUGCUAGCGAAUGGUUAUGUCACCUAUACGAACUAUGUUUUAAGCUUAAUUUGUUUGAUUAUUAUGAGUCAUCGUUUCAAUUUUACUUAUCAUUACUUUACCCUGCAAUAUCCAAAUGCACCAUAAGAAGACCUCUUUUCCUUCUCUGCCCUGAAAUAUAAAUACAUUUCUGGAGUCUUCUUAUCGUUCAUGCGACUGAGAUUUGAACACCCUUUAAAUUAUGUUGGAAAAUUGUGUGCAUGGUUGUAUAAACAAAUUCGUUAUGUAAUUCAGCAAUGAAUAUUUUAUUAUAUUAAGAUUUCUUUUUCGAAAUUUCAUUUUGAUUGCGCUUGCCUAUCAUUAGUUAGCUGUCGUAUAAAACCCCUUGUCUCUUUCUACAGUCGUUAUCGGUAUAAUAAUUUGAAUACUUAAGUUAUUUCGGAAAUAAAUAAUUAUUGAUAUUAUUUAUUAUAAGAUAACACACGGGGUACAUGGGCCAACUGAUGUUUGAUUUCAGGAGCUGUCGCCCUGAAAUCCUUAGAAGAUACAGGAAAAUAAAAUUGAAAAACUAUCGAAAUUUGAUCACCUCACUAUCUGUGAUCCAAGGCUUGCCCCAGUGCGAGUAUACGAACGAUAAAAUAUAAUAAACUAAAAUUAUGUAACCACAAUUCGGAGAAUAUAGCUUAAAGAUAAAUGCUGGGUAUCGGGAAGAUGGACGAACGUUCUUCCUGCCACCUAGCAAUGUUCUUAUUUAUCUAUAUCCCUUGCCCAAAUGAAGCAAUGCCCUGCAAAACACUGAUGUAUACGAUUUUUCAACAUGAAAAUUAUAUAUUAUUAUUAAACAUAAACUUAGUCCUUAGGCAUCUAUAUAGUUAAGGUCAUCAUUAUAUAUAUUAUAAUUAUGAAUUUUUGCAUUAUUGAUUAGUUGAGAUCAUUACGAUAUUGAUUAUUAUUAAUUGAUUAUAAUUAUUGAAUAUGAUAUAUUUAGAUUAUAGUAAAAUAUCUCUUCAAUUGUAUAAAACUUGAAAGAAAAAUGUCAAAAAAAAAAAAAGAAAGAAACUACGAACGAUUAGGUAUAACACUGUUAUAACACGUCGCUGGAAGUACUAUCGGCUAAAUAG